AUGCCUCCAAUGCCGGUGCGCCAACAACAGGAGGUGCAGUUGGAAGAGGCCUCGACUGACAGCGCUUUCAAGAUGGCUGGAAUCAGGGCCGCAAACAACAUCGAUAAUCGAUUGUGGGCAGAGAAGUUGUCAUGGGAGAGAAGGGCUGCCUACAAAAAGUGGUCGUCCAUCAUUCUUCAUGAAGUUGGUGCCUGGGAGAUAACCCGGCUCGAAGUGCAAUGCAGGGCAAUGGAGUUUGCCCGUGGAGGCUUGUUGGAGAGCAUAGCUGAUGCACUGGGAGCGAAGGCUACUAACACUCUCCAUAGCAGAGCUGGUCCUUUGCUCCAAUACAUCAGCUUCUACAAGGAGCGCGGAAAGCCGUGCAUGCCGCUCCAUGAGUUCCAGGUGUACGACUUCCUGAAGGCAUGCAACAACAGAGCUGCCUCAUUCCCCAGAUCGCUGCUUUUGUCGAUCAAUUUUGCGGACCAUCAUUUUGGACUUCAUGGAGCAGCUUCAAUAAGGGCUUCUGGCAGAAUCAAAGGGCUGGUCGACAUUUUGUAUGGCCAGAGGAAGAAACUGGUCCAAAGACCACCCCUGUCCGUGAAGCAGAUCCUGCACCUAGAAGCCACGGUGCAUGAUGAGGGCAGGGCAAUUUUUGACAGACUGGCCAGUGGGUACUUCCUUUUCCUCGUGUACGGAAGGCUGAGAUACUCAGAUGGGUUACAGGUGUCUUCACUUUUGCUGGAUGAGCGUCCGGACGGGUUUGGAUUCCUUGAAUGCCUUGCCGAGAAGACCAAGACGUCAAUCACGUUGGAGAAGAAAGCCCGACAUAUACCCAUUGCUGUGCCCUUACAAUGCUUGGGCCCAAAACCAUGGGUGCAGACGUGGCUGAACCUUCGACAAGAGAAUGUUUUGCCUGCCAUGGGAGAUGCCCAAGGUUUUGUGCCGCUUUUGACAACACCAUCGAACGGUGGUGGAUGGUCGAAGAUUCCCUUGACUGUGACAGCCGCCGCCGGAUGGCUCAGGGCUCUUCUUCAAGGGGUGGAAGUUGAUGGGCCGGUGCGGAUUGGCACGCACUCAUGCAAGGCCAGCCUUUUGUCGAUGUGUGCCAAGUUCAAUAUGUCAGGGCAAUCCCGACGGAUCCUUGGGUAUCACAGUGCUUCCAAGGAAACCUCAAUGCUCGUUUACAGUCGCGAUGCUGCAGCGGGUCCUUUGCGUGACUUAUGUCACAUGCUGGAGGUCAUAAAAUCUGGGAAGUUCAGACCUGAUGAGACGCGUUCAGGCAGGUUCGUGGACAUGGACCCAGUUGAACCACCAGAGGACGACGACGAUGGAGCUUCGUCCAGCACAGCGACGGAGAACGAGGAAGAUGUUGACUGUGAAAAGGAAGAAGCUGCCUGCAGAAACGUGGUCGGAGAUUGGCAACCAGAAAAGGCCAUUGAGGUCGAAGAUGCAGUGUACGUCCGGAAUAAAAUUUCCAGAUGCAUCCACGUCUUUGCAGACGAAGCUGGGGCUGAGUUCAAAUGCGGCCGAAAGAUGUCAGCCAGCUACGCCAUAGCCAACAUGAAAGAUCAGCAACUGACCACUAUGUCACGUUUUGCAUUUGCUUGCAAUUACUCCCCAGCUGGUACUGACGAAGCACCUUUGGUUAACUUGGCAAAAGAGGUCUAUGGCAAGGACCCUAGCACUGUUGAGAUGGCUUUCAUCAGGAGAAUCUUUAACGAAGCUUAUGUGAAUGUUGCAUCAGAUAUAAAAUCCAAGGCAGAAAGCACAGACGAGACACCGAUCAGGAAACUUGCACCAGCUGAGAGGAGUGAGAGACUCAAACAACAGCAGCAGCGGCUGAGAGGCAUCAAUAUCUCAGGACCUUUGGAACCUGGCGACAGCCUUAUUGACAAAUGCAUAUCCAUUUAUGAGAGUGACCGCAUUCAAUACGUUUCUUGGGAAUCAGCAGUGAGUCGAGAACAUGAACUACUCACAGGACUGAAAAGGGACACCCAGCUCACUUUUGAUGGUUCAGGCACCUUGAAAUUGCAGAAGGCCAAUCAGGUUGAGCCGUGCAACACCAGCAGCGAGAUUCAGGUGAAAUACGCAUUGACUAGGCGAGCUCUCGCCUUUGAGCAGGCGAACCUGGUGAAGUUCUCCCUCAUGGAGGCGUGGUCAGAAAAGAUGAUGCAAUGUCGCCUCGAAGAACCCAGCAGCGGAUUUGCCCGCACCACCAUGAAACAACUGGAACAGGCUGACCGGAAGCUUUUUGUAGUCUUGGGUGAACACACCCGCGAGGGGAUCAAAGCCAACACAGCAGGACGUCCAAUUGACCUCAUUUUUGAAAAAUGCAUGCAGUCAUCGGAAGUCAUGGCCCUUUUGCAGCCUCGACCCAUAGCAGCCAACAAACCUGAUCGAGAAGCUCCCAAACCGGUCGGAGAGAGUCCAGCCAAAAGGCAGCGUUUUGAGAAAGGUGGCAAAGGAUCCUUCAAAGGUAAAGGCAAGUCAAAGGGAUCCAACAAUGCCCGCAUUCCUCAUGAGUCAGAAAGUGAGCCUUUGGGUCUGCAAGGACUAUCCUAUGCAGAUCAAAUGCGUGUUGACGGCGCCAAUGCCUUGUACGAUGUUUUGGGCAGGAAAAAGUUGACAACCUUUUUGGUCAGUGAUGCUGCACUCUAUGAGCCCUUACAGCGAUUCUGCCCGGGAAAUCAUGAACAUGAGGCAUGGGGUUUUGACCAUGCCACUUCAACUUUUAACACUGCCAAAGAAGCCGAGUAUCCUGAUGGAAUGUGCCGCACCUAUGCUGACAUUGUACAACAGAUUGUGUUGCAGCGCGGUUUGCAUGUCCACGACUUCAAUGGGAAAUCCACAGCCACUGCCCCGCAAGUGCAGAAGCGAGGAAGGAAAAUCACAAAGCACCGAAUCAACUGCUUGACAAGAUGGAGAACCACGGAAGCCAAACUCAGAUCAUUGGAAUCUGAGCUUCAUGGACAAAUGAGUGAAUCAGUUGCAUGUGUUCUCCGUGGCAAGAAUAUCCUCUUGAUGAGACAAGUCGCAGAGGAAAUGAACUGGCCCGACGUCAACCUUUUUGAUGAGAUGACACAAGGUUUUGAGCUCACUGGAAACUUCAGCGCAUGUGGCAUCUUCAAACCGCAGGUCAACAUUCCAACUUUAUCGGUGGCCCAACUGAAACAGAACACCAAGUUCCUCAGGCCCACUCUCCUGGGGCGCAUGAGACUGACAGAAGCCAGUGAGCUCCAGACGGAACUCAUGGAAGUGCAGAACAAGCAAUCGAGAAUAGAAGAGACUGUGCAAUUUUUGGACAAGAUGAUAGAAGAACGCUACAUUGCGGUGGACCAAAUGCCAAGUAAACUUGGGAAGCUGCAGUAUGCGGAGGCACAGCUGUGGGGACGUGCGGGGCGGCUUGCCCUUGCAGACAUAAGACAUGCAGCUUCGCUUGGCAAAGUGACGGUGGAGCUUGAUGAAAGAGCUUGCAAGGCCGUUGAACUUCUGAGGUCAAAACUUCUGUCAGGGCGGCCCAGGACAUUCAGUGUUUCUAAGAAGAAGAUGCCCGUCGUCAUUUUUACUGACGGUUCUCUGGAAUAUGACAACGGUAAACGUGUCGCUGGCAUUGGGGGAGUAUGCAUUCUUCCCUGUGGGCAUGUCGAAAUUUUUGGAGCUGAAGUGCCACAAGAAAUUUUGGAUGAUUGGACAGAGAAUGACGACAAAGAUCACGUCAUUGGGCUUAUUGAGCUGUAUGCUGUGCUGACCGCCUUGCACACCUGGUCGCGGCACAUUACGUUAGAAAGGGUUGUGGUCUUUGUUGACAACUGGCCAGCUGUCGACGCCCUUGUAAAAGGGGUAUCCACCCAACGGACGUGGAGAGACCUUUUGAUGACCUUUGAGAUUUUGGAUGAGAAGCAGCAAUCGCUGCAUUGGUUUGCCAGAGCUGCUGCAAGCACCAGCGCAGGGCAGCCACUUCGGGCGCGUAGCUCCAAAGCUUGGCUGAAUACUCUACCGGCGCCAUCUGAAGGCGCCCUGUCGCUUCAAUUUCCACAUGCAGCGAAAUGCAUUGCAGCACAUGAGCAACGCGUGAAAGUGGUACAAGCUCGAGUGCAGAUCUUGAAGUCCCAAGAGCAACAAAUUUGGAAGGACGUGAAACUCCUGCAGCAGAGAGGACAUCACCAGGCUGAAUUCGCUCAGUGGCAGCGUGAAGUGCGGAAGGAAGAACAACUUCAAUUCCAAAGGGAUGUUGCGGACUAUCACGAGGCUCUCAAAGAAAGGGCGAGACACGUGAGAGCCAGCUUGCAAAACACACAGGCUCCUCGUUUGGAGAAGUACCGAGAAAACAAGAUCAUCGCGCAGCAAGUCCGAGAGGACUCAAGACGCCUGCUUGCAGCCCUUCACGAAGUGCGUGAACAAAGCCAUCAAAGCAAGCUGAUGCAGGUGGAAGUGAGAAGACAGCAGCGCAAGCUGGUCAUUGGGACCGGUGGUGCAGCAGAAGUUGGAAGUACUGUGUCGGUUCAUUACACGGGACGGCUUUUGAAUGGGUCAAUCUUCGACUCUUCGAAGUAUCGGCACAAACCGAUUGAGUUUCAGCUUGGAGUUGGCAAAGUGAUUCCUGGGUGGGAUGAAGGGAUUGAAGGAAUGCGUGUUGGUGGAAAACGUCGGCUGCAAAUCCCUGCAGACAUGGCGUAUGGGGACCGUGAAGUUGGUAAGAUUCCACCCAACUCAACACUGAUAUUUGACACGGAGCUGAUGAAAGUCAAGAAUUCAGACCCAGAACUUUCCUGA